AAUGCUCCGCUGUAGUGCAGCGUAGAGAAACAGCAGGACACGUGAAACCAAACAGUGCAGUAUCCAGUGCGAUCAAAUGAAAGCUGAUAAAUAAUUUAAGUGUUCUCUGUCAGCAAAAUAAAAACAAAUAAAAAAAAAAAAACAGGAUCUGGUCGUGGUACAGGAUGGGAGUGGACAAUCUUUCGGUGCCAAAAGCUGCUCUCAGAUGAUCCAUGUUAAUGGUACAGUCUCUGUGAAACCGCGAGGCUACACUUUAUUGCACCUCGUCUUAUUGCUCAUCUUCAACUCACCAUGGCUCUGAUUGUCCACCUCAAAUCGGUAACAGAUCUAAGUGGCAAGGGGGACAGGAUCGGCAAAGUAGUAUUUAGAGGGCUCUCAUUUUAUACACGGGUUCUGGAAAACUGCGAAGAUGAAGCAAAAUUUGACGAGACUUUCCGAUGGCCUGUUGCCAGUAACAUUGAUGGGAAUGAGAUGCUUGAAGUCCAAGUGUUCAACUACAGCAAAGUUUUUACCAAUAGGCUCAUUGGGACGUUCCGGAUGGUGUUGCAGAAAGUGGUAGAAGAAGCACAGCUGGAAGUGUCAGACACAUUGAUAGAUGACAACAACACCCCCAUUCGGACAUCUGUUACCAUAGAGAUCAAAUACCAGGCUAUGGAUGGUAGCGUGGCUGCCUGGAACGACAGCGAGUUCCUGGGUGAUCCUAAUCGAUCAGAAAACGAUGGGGCCUUUCUGUUAGAGACGGACAGCCUGUUGUCAGGACACAGCCAGGGCUCUGUAGUAUCUCCAGGGCGCUCCCACCUGAGCCUUCACUCAGGAGAGAGGUCCAUCAAAAACAAAGGCAAGGACAAAGCUGGAAAGGAAGCUAAGGACAGCAAAGGAGGCAAAGACAGUAAAGAGAAAGCAGGUAAGGGAGUGUUUUCAGCCAUGAAGCUGGGAAAGACACGUUUACCAAAAGAAGGCCACAAAAACAAAGAUGAGGCCGCUAUUUUGGAAACAGAGGACCUGGACAGGAAGGGCAGGCGUUUCGACCCGGAUAACAUCUCACUGGCCUCCGUCACUGCAGUCACCACCAAUGUCUCCAAUAAGAGAUCCAAACCUGAUAUUAAAAUGGAGCCCAGUGCUGGGAGACAAAUGGAUUACCAAGUUAGCAUUACCAUUAUUGAGGCACGUCAGCUGGUGGGUUUGAAUAUGGAUCCAGUCGUUUGUGUUGAGAUUGGAGACGACAAGAAAUACACAUCAAUGAAGGAAUCUACAAAUAGCCCUUACUACAAUGAGUACUUUGUUUUUGAGUUCCACGUGUCUCCUGAUGUCAUGUUUGACAGAAUUCUAAAGCUCUCAGUCAUACAUUCCAAAAACCUCCUGCGCAGCGGUACCUUGGUUGGUACAUUCAAGCUUGACAUAGGCACUGUCUACUCACAGCCUGAACACCAGUUCUACCAUAAGUGGGCAAUCCUCUCUGACCCUGAUGACAUCACUGCAGGGGUGAAAGGUUACUUAAAGUGUGACAUUGCUGUGGUUGCAAAAGGAGACAACAUUAAAAGCCCGCACAAGGCAAACGCGACCGAUGAGGAUGAUAUAGAAGGGAACCUGCUACUGCCAGAGGGGGUCCCCUCAGAGAGGCAAUGGGCCCGCUAUUACAUCAAGAUCUACCGAGCUGAGGGGCUUCCAAAGAUGAACACCAGUAUUAUGGCUAAUAUGAAGAAAGCUUUCAUAGGAGAAAACAAAGACCUUGUGGACCCAUACGUGCAAGUUCUAUUUGCAGGACAAAAGGGAAAGACGUCAGUGCAGAAGAGCAGUUAUGAGCCAGUAUGGAAUGAACAAAUCUUAUUCACAGAAAUGUUUCCACCUCUCUGUAAGAGAAUGAAAAUUCAAAUACGAGAUUCGGACAAAGUAAACGAUGUAGCCAUAGGAACGCAUUUUAUUGACCUGAGGAAGAUUUCCAAUGAUGGAGACAAAGGUUUUCUUCCCACACUGGGUCCAGCCUGGGUGAACAUGUACGGUUCUACCCGCAACUACUCUCUGAUGGACGAGCACCAGGACCUGAACGAUGGCCUGGGGGAAGGCGUCUCCUUCAGGGCCCGUCUGCUCAUCAGCAUCGUGGUGGAGAUCCUAGACACCGCCUCCACUGAGGUCAUGAACACCACUGAGGUCCAGGUGGAGCAGAUCCAGAGCAUCUCCGAGUAUUCCGCUGGAAAAAUUGAAGAGUUCUUCCUCUUUGGAGCCUUCCUGGAAGCGACCAUGGUUGACAGAAAAAUUGGAGAUAAACCAAUCAGUUUUGAAGUUACAAUAGGUAACUAUGGAAAUCAGAUCGAUGGUGUGAACAAGCCGACCAUUCACAGGAAGAAGAAAGAUGGGGGAGACGGUGACGAGGAGGAGUCUGAGCUCCUUCAGAACUCCAGUGAGGAUGAGGCUGAAGAUGAUGGGGACCUGGUGUCUGUCUCCACAACUCCUCCAAUGAAACCUGUUAUUACAGACAGCAAUUAUUUCCAUUUACCUUAUUUUGAAACUAAGCCCUGUAUCUACAUUAAGAGCUGGUGGCAGGACCAAAGGAGAAGACUCUAUAAUGCCAAUAUAAUGGACAAAAUCGCAGACAAACUGGAGGAAGGGCUGAAUGAUGUCCAGGAGAUUAUAAAAACUGAGAAAGCCUUUCCAGAACGUAGACUGCGUGGUGUUUUGGAGGAAUUGGGAAGCGGCUGCAACCGUUUUGUGACACUUGCUAACAAGGACCAGAACCAGACUGGAAGGACAAAGCUAGACAAAGAGAGGAUCAAGUCCUGCAUAAGAGAGCUGGAGAACAUGUCAGCACAGGCCAAGACCACCCGUUCUCAAGUGAAAAAGAACACAGUGAAGGACAAGCUGAAACUUGUCCAGAACUUACUGCAGAAACUGCGGUUCCUCUCUGACGAGCCGCAACACAGCAUCCCAGAUAUCUUCAUCUGGAUGAUGAGUAACAACAAGCGCAUUGCCUAUGCCCGGAUCCCAUCCAAAGACAUCUUGUACUCCACUGUGGAAGAAGAGUCUGGAAAGGAGUGUGGAAAAGUCAAGACUGUCUUUCUGAAGUUGCCUGGUAAGAAAGGCUUAGGUCCUGCGGGCUGGACAGUGCAGGCUAAAAUGGAGAUGUACCUUUGGCUCGGCCUCAACAAGCAGCGAAAGGAUUUCCUGAGCGGCCUUCCUAAUGGCUUCGAGGAGAACAAAGCACUCAAAGGCCCCGGUCUGCAGUCCCUCCCACCCAUCAGCCUAACCUACAUCAUGAAGCAGGAGUUCCAGCUAAGAGUGCAUAUGUACCAGGCCCGCAGCCUUUUUGCAGCAGACAGCAGUGGCCUGUCGGACCCCUUUGCAAGGGUCUUCUUUUCCACACACAGCCAGUGCACUGAGGUCUUAAACGAGACUCUGUGUCCCACUUGGGACCAGCUCAUGGUGUUUGAUAAUGUAGAACUAUUUGGGGAGGCCUGUGAAUUAAGGGAUGACCCUCCAAUCAUUGUCAUUGAGAUCUAUGACCAGGACACUGUGGGAAAAGCUGAAUUCAUUGGCAGAACCUUUGCCAAGCCCAUAACAAAGAUGUCCGACGAGCACUAUGGACCUCCACGCUUCCCCCCUCAGCUAGAAUACUACCAGAUCUACCGGGGGAACUGCAUCGCUGGAGAACUGCUAGCAGCAUUCGAGCUCCUCCAGAUUGGGGCUGCUGGAAAGGCCAAUCUCCCUCCCAUUGACGGCCCCACUGAUUCAGAGAGGGGUCCCAUUCUUCCAGUUCCUGUGGGCAUCCGGCCAGUCCUGAGCAAGUACAGGAUUGAGGUGUUAUUCUGGGGUCUGAGAGACCUGAAGAGAGUGAACCUGGCCCAGGUGGACAGACCCCGAGUGGACAUUGAGUGUGCAGGGAAGGGGGUCCAGUCAGUUGUCAUCCAAAACUACAAGAAAAACCCCAACUUCAGCACCCUUGUCAAGUGGUUUGAAGUUGACCUCCCAGAGAAUGAGCUUCUUCACCCUCCUCUGAACAUUCGAGUGGUGGACUGCCGUGCCUUUGGGAGGUACACCUUGGUGGGAUCACACGCAGUUGGUUCUCUCCGCAAGUUCAUCUACAGGCCUCCAGACAAGACGGCGAGCAACUGGUCCACUGCAGGUGAAAUAAUUGUGAACAUGGAGCCCGAGCCCCCUAUCAAGAAGAUGGAAACGUGUGUCAAGCUGGACUCCACCUCUGAUGCUGUUGUUAAAGUUGAUGUGCCUGAAGAAAACAAGAAGGAAAAGAAAAAGAAAAAAAAGAAAGGCGAGGAGACUGAGGAGGAGGAGGCAGAUGAAAGCAUACUGGACUGGUGGUCCAAAUAUUUUGCCUCCAUUGAGACCAUGACAGAAAAACUGAAGGCACAAGAAGCAGCUGCUGCUGAAGCAGAAGAGAAGGAAGACAUGGAGAUAGCAGCAGAGGAGAUCAAACUUGAUGAAUCUCAUGUGAAAGGCUCAAAAGGAAAGGAGAAGAGCAAGGAUAAGAGUAAAAGCUCCAAGGAGGAUAAGAAGAAGAAGCAGCAACAAGCUGAGUUGUUGGAGAAGCUAAACAACAAGCAGAAGGUCGAUGAGCUACAGGUGUACAACAAAGAACUGGAGGAGGAAUGUGAUAACUUUGAGGACUGGCUGCACAUAUUCAACCUGUACAGAGGAAAGAUCGGAGAUGACGAUGACAACGUGACAGAUGAUGAAAGGAUUGUUGGAAGAUACAAGGGCUCUCUGUGUGUAUAUAAAGUCCCACUUCCAGAGGAUGUGACCAAGGAGGUUGGCUUUGACCCUAACUUUGGCAUGUUCCAAGGAAUCCCAAGCAACGAUCUAGUCAACGUACUAGUCAGAGUGUACGUGGUCAAGGCCACAGAUCUGCACCCUGCUGACAUCAAUGGAAAAGCUGACCCAUAUAUUGUUAUCAAACUGGGGAAAACUGAAAUCAGAGACAAAGAAAACUACAUUUCUAAACAGCUAAACCCUGUUUUUGGAAAGUCCUUCGAUAUUGAAGCCACCUUCCCGAUGGAGUCCAUGCUAACAGUCUCUAUCGUUGACUGGGAUUUAGUUGGAUCUGACGAUCUCAUUGGGGAAACAAAGAUUGACCUGGAGAAUCGAUUCUACAGCAAGCAAAGGGCAAACUGCGGCAUCGCACAGACUUAUUCCAUCCAUGGAUACAAUACCUGGAGGGACCCCAUGAAGCCCACCCAAAUCCUGGCAAAGCUCUGUAAAGAGGGCAAGGUGGACGGACCUCACUAUGGACCAGUAGGGAGACUUAAAGUGGCAAACAGGGUGUUCCUGGGACCUAGUGAGCUCGAAGACGAAAACGGGCUGAAGAAGCAGACAGAUGAGCACCUGGCCCUGAUUGCGCUCCAGCACUGGGAGGACAUCCCUCGCGUCGGCUGUAAACUGAUUCCAGAGCAUGUGGAGACCAGGCCUCUCUACAACCCUGAAAAGCCAGGGAUCGAGCAGGGGCGUAUUGAGAUGUGGGUGGACAUGUUCCCCACGGAUAUGCCAGCGCCAGGGCCUGCCGUUGACAUCUCACCCAGGAAACCAAAGAAAUAUGAACUAAGAGUUAUUAUCUGGAAUACAGACGAGGUAAUUCUGGAAGACGAUGAUUACUUCACUGGAGAAAAAUCCAGUGACAUUUUUGUACGGGGCUGGCUGAAGGGACAGCAGGAGGACAAACAGGACACUGAUGUCCACUACCACUCACUGACUGGUGAAGGAAACUUCAACUGGCGUUUUAUCUUUCCAUUUGACUACCUGCGUGCUGAGGAGAAGAUUGUCAUGUCUAAGAAGGAGUCCCUGUUCUCCUGGGAUGAGACUGAGUAUAAGAUCCCCGCCCGGCUCACCCUGCAAGUGUGGGACGCGGAUCACUUUUCUGCUGACGACUUCCUAGGGGCGAUCGAACUGGACCUGAACCGCUUUCCUCGGGGGGCUAAAACAGCAAAGCAGUGCUCUAUAGACAUGGUGCUGAAAGAGCAGGAGCUGCCUACUAUGUCCAUCUUCAAACAGAAAAGGAUCAAGGGCUGGUGGCCCUUUGUAGCCCAGAACGAGAAUGAUGAAAUGGAACUCACGGGUAAAGUGGAGGCAGAGCUCCAACUGUUAACUGCAGAAGAAGCUGAGAAGAGCCCUGCCGGUCUAGCCCGUAACGAGCCAGAGCCCUUGGAGAAACCAAACCGACCCGACACCUCCUUCCUCUGGUUCCUCAGCCCGCUUAAAUCCAUCAAGUACCUAGUCUGCACCCGCUACAAGUGGCUCAUCAUUAAGAUUGUGAUUGCUUUGCUGCUGGUGGUUAUGCUUGGUCUCUUCCUCUACAGCAUGCCAGGCUACAUGGUCAAGAAAUUGCUGGGAGCGUGAACGGGCAGCAGCGAUGGGUGGCACCUCUCAUCAUCCUGUGCCCGUCCCUGCAUUCCAGUCUUCCUCACCACGGACACUCACUGUGGCUGGAAUUUCAGUUUUUAACAUUGUCAUAACCAAAAACAUAACUACUUUUCCCUGAAUAGAUUUUGUACAAGGCAGUAACACUGCUCUCCCUGCACUGACUUUGGUUCUUUUUAUGCGCUUUAAAAAAAUAAAAAGAAUUUUGCAGACCUAGCUACCAUUUUCUGUUUACCCCAAACAACCGACUCUAUACAGCUGGAAAGACCGCGCACAGGAAUCAGCCUAGACUUGUAGCAGUAACGUGCUCUCUCCAGUUCUUGCACAACUUGACGUUCUUACCACUUAUAGUACUUGGGCUGGGUUCUUAUGCAAGUUUAAAUGUGGAAAAAUUGGUAAAGUUUCAAACAAUAUCAUACACUUAAAAAAAAAAAAAAAAAAUUUAAAAAAAAAUGUUUACAGGGUCUGGUUUUGUAUGUUGAAAUGUAAGGUGUCGAUUUUCCUUUCUGCUGAUUUCAACACAUGUUAUCGGUAUUUACAUAUUAAUAAACCAUCAUUUCACUUCAAUGGCAGUGCUUUAAAUAUAAUCAGUAAUGAACAAACAUACAAAUAAACACACAUGAUACCUUAAAUCUGAUACAUUCCAAUGUGUUUCUCCAAUCACCAAGUGUGAUUUAAUCAUGGCUAGGCCACUCACUGUAUUUUAAGUUUUGCUUAUCUUGUUAAUUUUGAUAGGGGUUUUCUUUUUUGUUAUAGUUGUCAUCUGAAUGUAUGCACAAGAAGCAAUGUGAUUGUUAUUGUGGAAAGAAAGUCAAAGUGGAAAAACCCAGUUUUUCCGGUAGCAAUGUAAGCGCGUUGGCAUUCAUUCUGCAACAUCCUGUGUUCACUAAGCUUUAUCACCUUUUGUAUUUAAAGCAUACACAAAACGGGAGUAAUCGAACAAAAAAACAUGUAUUAUCGUGGGAAAUCUUAAUGGUCUCUCAAGGGCCAGUUUCAGGCAGAGUAAAAAAAAAACCUGCAGUAAAACUCCCAUAUAAUAUUGAUCGGUCAUGGUUUGUGGUGUGCGGUUCCCUAGACAGACUUUGCUCUUGUUUGAAUUGUAGUUAUAUACGAUUUGUAGUUUAAGCAUAAUUUUGUUUAUUUAUUGAUUUUAUUUAUGUAUGUGAUUGGAUUUGGUUUGCUCUUAUUUUUUGUUUGUUUUAAAAAAAAAAAAAAAAAAGUCUGUAUUUAUAAUUUAGUUUUACAGUGUGCAAUAUUUGGUGUUCUAUUUUGGCUGUUUGUCUGUAUUAAAUGAUGAUCAAUAAAUGCUUUGCCUGUCUCACAGUCACCCCAA